ACUCCAAGUGAUUAUUCCGGCGCAGCCACGUAGUGCACGAGCCGACUCCAGUGCACACUCAACCAAACCGCUUUUCACAUCAAAGCGCAAAUGAUCGCACGACCUUUCCGUUGCUGAAGUAAAAGGUCGCGGGUGUAUUGUUUAUUUCUUGUUCUUUUACAGAAAGCGGCGAUGCAGCAGGAGGAUGCGGGGCCGCGCGCUGGCGCAGAGGACUCUCCUGCCCCGGACACCGCGGGCAAACAAGCCGUCUCCGUGCUGCUCUCUUUCGGGAAGUGCCUCGGAGCACUGCUGCCGGUCUACCUGGCCGGAUAUUUCGGCUUCAGCCUCACGUUGGUCCUGCUCGGCCUCGCUGUGUUCAUGGGAUGGCAGCAGCACCGUGAUAGGAAGCUUCACCGCCUGCACGGCGCCAUGUAUUUUCAGGAGAAUGAGCAAGAUUUCACCACAACACGGGUGUUCAAGACCAAGCGGGAAUUACCGUCAUGGGUGAGUUUCCCAGAUGUGGAGAAAGUUGACUGGCUUAAUAAGAUCCUGAAGCAAGCCUGGCCUUUUGUGGGCCAAUAUUUAGAGAAGCUUCUGGUGGAGUCGAUUGCACCCUCGAUCAGAUCCUCCAACGCUCAUCUUCAAACGUUUAGCUUCACCAAAGUCGACCUGGGUGACAAGCCUUUGAAGGUGGUUGGAGUGAAGGCCCACACUGAGCACGAUAGACGUCAGGUGUUGCUGGACCUGUAUAUCAGCUAUGCUGGCAACGUGGAGAUCAAUGGCGAGGUGAAGAAGUACUUCUGCAAAGCUGGAGUGAAAGGAAUUCAGCUGCAUGGAAAGCUCAGGGUGAUCCUGGAGCCGUUGAUUGGAGAUGUUCCUCUUGUUGGAGCCGUCACAAUGUUCUUCAUCCGGAGGCCUAUGCUGGAUAUCAACUGGACAGGACUCACCAACUUAUUGGACAUUCCAGGUCUGAAUGCCAUGUCGGACACUAUGGUAAUGGACGCUAUCGCCUCUUUCCUGGUGCUCCCCAACCGCCUCACUAUCCCUUUGGUGGCUGAUUUGCACUUAGCGCAGCUCCGCUCCCCUCUACCACGGGGCAUCGUGCGGAUCCACUUGGUGGAAGCCGAGAACCUGGCCGCCAAGGACAACUUCAUGAAGGGCGUGAUCGCCGGCAAGUCGGACCCGUAUGCCGUGCUGAGGGUUGGCACGCAGACGUUCACGUCACGCCACGUGGACAACAACCUCAACCCGCAGUGGAGGGAGAUGUAUGAGGUGAUAGUUCAUGAGGUCCCUGGCCAGGAACUGGAAGUGGAGAUAUUUGAUAAAGACCCUGAUCAGGAUGAUUUCCUAGGGAGGAUCAAGAUGGACUUGGGUAUUGUGAAGAAAGCACGAGUUUUGGAUGAGUGGUUCACUCUGAACGAUACACCAACUGGAAAGGUUCAUCUCAAGCUUGAGUGGCUUUCACUGCUGCCCUCUGCAGAGCGUCUUACUGAGGUCCUCCAGAAGAACCAAAACAUCACCACCUUCGGUAAGACUGAUCCUCCCUCUGCCGCCAUCUUGACCGUGUACCUGGAUCGGGCCCAGGAUCUUCCUAUGAAGAAAGGCAAUAAGGAUCCUAGUCCUUUGGUGCAGCUUUCUGUGCAGGAUACCACCAAAGAGAGCAGGACUUCUUAUGGCACCAGCAACCCAGUGUGGGAGGAAGCCUUUACCUUUUUCAUCCACGACCCUCGCAAACAAGACCUUGACAUUCAGGUGAAAGAUGAUGACAGGUCUGUGUCUCUGGGCAAUCUGUCCAUCCCUCUGUCUCGCCUGCUUUCCGUUGCCGAACUCAGCAUGGACCAGUGGUUCCAGCUGGAGGAUGCAGGCCCUGCGAGUCGCAUCUAUCUGAAAGUCAUACUGAGGGUGCUUUGGCUUAAUGAAGAGGCCAUUCCCACCUCACCUGUGUCCCCAGUUCCCUCUGAUCCAUUCUCUGGAGGAGGUGAGGAAGGUAUCAUCUCAGACGUGACCUCAGGAGGGUCCAAGAAUUUACAGACGCGUCCACAGCACACCAGCCCAGAUGCCAGUUUUGCCUCUGAGGGUGUCCUGAGGAUCCACCUGAAGGAGGCCAAGGCUCUCAUAGCUAAAGAUAGCUUCAUGGGUGGCAUGGUGAAAGGCAAAAGUGAUCCCUAUGUAAAGAUCCGCGUGGGAGGGAUGACCUUCAAGAGCCGCGUCAUAAAGGAGAACCUCAACCCGGUGUGGAAUGAACUUUACGAGGUGAUUCUCACGGCACUUCCAGGCCAAGAAGUGCAGUUCGAUUUGUUCGACAAAGACGUGGAUCAGGACGACUUCCUCGGGAGGUUUAAGCUGAGUCUGAGUGACCUCAUUAGCUCCCAGUUUAUCGAUCAGUGGUACGACUUGAAUGACGUGAAAUCAGGACGGGUUCAUCUGACGUUGGAAUGGGUGCCGAGGGUUUCCGACUCGACCAAACUUGACCAGAUUUUGCACUACCAGUCUCAGCAGUUGUACGUGAAUAAAACCGUGCCGGCGGCAGCCAUCCUCUUCACGUAUGUAGAGCGAGCCCAUGGUCUGCCUUUAAAGAAGAAUGGACAUGAGCCAGUAGUGGGAGCUGAGCUGGUUCUCAGGAAUGUUUCCUCCAAGAGUAAACUUGCUGAGCGCUCUAUAUCUCCACACUGGGAUGAAGCGUUCUGCUUUCUGGUCCACGAUCCCAGAGAGGAAAUGCUUACUGUCAGAUUGUCUCACAGCUGGGGCCAGCCUCUGGGUGCAGUGGUGCUGCCUGUAAAAGACCUACUAAAAGAGCCGGGCUUGGUUCUGGAUCGGUGGCUUCCUCUGGAUGGAGCCCUGCCUGAAAGUGAGAUAUUGUUAAGGGCAGAACUCAAGCUGCUUCACUCUAAGUUGGUAGAAGGUGACGGUGCUACUAGUGGCAUUGAAGAGGUGGACCACAGCAUCGCCAGUGCAGAGACAGAAGUCGCAGCCAAUCAGGAGCUCAGACACAGGACAGCUCCCGCCCGUGGAGGCGGAGAUGCUGGAGCUAGUGGGCGGGGCCAGGUGAAACUCUCUAUUGUUUACUCGACUGAGGAGAGCAGACUGGCCAUCACUGUCUAUGGCUGCAGAAAGUUGCCGCCAUGCUCCAAGGAUGGCUCAGAUCCCUAUGUGUCCUUCAUCCUCCAGCCUGACAAGAACAGAAGCACCAAAAGAAAGACCAGUGUCAAAAAGCGAGACCUCAAUCCUGAGUUCAACGAGAGGUUUGAUUUCAACCUUUCCCUGGAGGAGGCCACGCAGAGACGCCUUGACCUGUCCGUCAAAAAUAACGGUUCUUUCAUGAGCCGUGAGAAAGAGACCAUUGGCAGGCUGCAGUUAGAUCUGAAUCAGAUUGACCUGAGGGCGGAGGUGGCACAGUGGUACGAUUUAACAGAUGAGACCAAUUAAUGUGGCCUUUGUAUGCUUACGUGACAACGCCUUCGCACUUGUAUGUCUGCAUCUGCAUGCUGCUAAUGUCACCUGUAUAGCACAGCACAGUGCAGUGGGUAGAAGAUGUGUUUAUGUAAUGUUCUGCGAUUUACGCUCUGUACUUGCUAUCAUUUCCAGCAAUACCAAAUGCAUUUUGGACGGGUUGUAACUGUCAGUGCACGCCAGCAGAAUAUGUGCCAAAGGGUAGAAAACAGUUCGAGUAUGAACAGUUUGAGUCUUGAUAGGAAUUAAAAACACUGAAUUAAAUGGACUGAAGCACUGUUCCUCUAUGGUGAUCUUAAAUAUAGUGUUUCCUUGAUACGUUUUAUUAUUUUAGCAUCAAAGACACAUUCCUGCAUGUUUUUCAUAUUUUAGCUUAUUACAUAGCAGGUUGCUUGAGAUUUAAAAGAAAGAAAGAAAAAAAAAAACGACCUGCAUUUCAAACUUAAAAGAUGUAUAAAAGCUUUAUUCCUUUAAGAAAACGGGUAAAAGUGUACUUAUUUAAAGAACCGUCAUAGAACAGUAAGAGUCGCGUUACGGUUUCUUUAUAUUCUGGUGAAGUGUGCGUCUUUAAAUGCAUAUUAAUACCCCUCAGAAAUGUCACUCAAGGGUGUGUCCUCAAGGGUACCUCUUUUGUACCUUUUUUAAUAUAUAUCUUUCACAUGGAAAUGUGGUUGUGGUGUACCUUUUUAAAAAUAAUUUCCGGUAGAUUGGUUAUUGGUGUUUUUAAAGGUGCACUACAUGCAUCAUUUCUAGGUAAACGACACACACUGAAGGUAUACAGGGGAUAUAAAACUGGCAGGACAGAACCUUUUCUGCUUUUAUUGUUAAAUUUUAACCUAUAAAUUAAAGUGAAAAACAAUACGAAUCAUUUUAUGGAAUUAUUAUUAUUUAAAAAAAAAAAAAAAAAAAACGAUAACAAGUGUAAAAUAACCUGGUUGCAUAAAUGUGCACACCCCUAACCUAAAACUUAGUUGAAGGACCUUUUUAGAUUUUAUCGCGACAGUCAAUCUUUUUAGAUAAGCGUCUAUCAGUUUGGCACAUCUCGACUUCGCAAUAUUUUACCAUUAUUCCUCACAAAAGCAUUCAAGCUAAAUCUUCCACAAAGUUUUGAUUGGAUUUAGAUCUGGACUCCUGAAAUUCCUCUUCAUCAUCAAGCUUUUGUGGCAAAAUUUACUGGUAUUUGGAGCUCUUUAUUAUUUCCUCCACCCUGAUUGAAACCCCAGUUCCAGCAGAAGAAAGGCAGCACUAAAGCAUGAUGCUGCCACCACCAUGCUUCACUUUGGGGAUGGUGUUCUUUUGGUGAUGUGUUGUGGGGUUUUUUUUUUUUCCUUCAAAUAUAUCUUUUGGUAACCUGCUAUUAGAACAGGGAUGAGUAGACUUUUUUUUUUUUUAUAUCCGUUAUAAAAAGAUGUACCCUUGAUGUACCCACUCCAGUGACGAGGAAAGGUACAGUUUAGUACCGUUUCUUCUGAGAGUAUAUGUUCACUUUGCUUAGAUAUAUGCUGAUUUAAUUGCCAUUGUGUUUGCAUUUUAUUUAUUUUUAUUUUUUUGCCUUAAACAUAUUUUCUCACAGCAUGGGGAAAUUUCUGUUCACUGUGCAUUGACUUCUGGAUGAAGAGGUUUCAUGAUGUGUGUGUGUGUGUGUGUGUGUGUGUGUGUGUGUAUCCGAAGUGUUGAAUUGUAUCUGUUUCAGUUUCAAACGGUUUAUCAAAAAAAAAAAACAAAAAAAAAAAACCAUAUCAGAAACAUAUCACUGUGCUUUUUCUAUCCAUUCCAAACAGAUUUGAGAUCAUCUUAUGAGGACUAACUUUCUGGAAGUAUAUAUUAAGCGAUUAUAUUUUUGUAGAAGUGUGCCAAUUUAUCACAAAAUGUUUUGAAGCAAGUGUGUUAAGUUACGGUUCCUUGGGAGGAAACCAGAGAAGAGUAAGCAGAUUUACAGUCUGUUGAUGCUGUCACUGAAAAUCUGUAUUGCAGCUGUUCUAUUAAAGAUACUCUUUGCACUUUAAA